GAUGGAAGAAAAUGGUCAUUUUUGUGUUUGUGGUGAAAAUUUUAAGGAAAGAAAACCGCGGGGAUUUUUAGAGAAGCUCUUCUUAGAGAAGUGAGACGCGGUUUCUACAGAAGCGAGAAAUAAACCGCAAUGAUUUUACCAUUUUAUUUGCUUCAAACGAAAACAGAGAGACAGAACGAAAAGGGAAACCCUUUAUCUCAAAAAUCCUGAGUAAAUCAAUGAUCUGAAAGUUCACUUGUGCUCCGCUGGACGAUGAUGAGAUGGAGAAAAGCAGAUUUUCAGAUGUAUAGGAAAACAGCAUCAUGAAGAUUGUGACCAUGAUGAUGAUGAUGAUGAUGAUGAUGAUGUCAUUCUUAUAUUCAACUCUUGCUGAUCAAAGUCUGGUGUGUCAUAAUGAUUUUCACAGCUCCUUCACGUGUGUUUGGAACACUUCAAAACUGAACGUCAGACCCGAGACCAGCUGCUUACUUCGUGUAAUGGUUGAAAACGUAAGCAAUAAACCUGUAAUGACAGCGCAGAUGUCACCUGACCCAACCCAGCCUCACAUUCGCACUGCCACCAUCGUUUUUAAUGAAAAAAAGCGCCGUGUAAUAACGCCAUGGACCGAUAUUCAUGAAGAAGUUAUUUGUAAAGACUACACAGAACCUUUGGCUAAUAUUGAAAAGCAUGUCGCAAGCAACAGUGUAGUGAAAGUGGCUCCUCCUCAGAUAGUGGAAGUUCACGAGCUCAAUGUUUCUUGGAGAAUCGGUUCUUCAAUUCAAGCUCCUUAUGAGUUUCAGGUCCAGUACAGAUCAACUGCUCAGAGCUGGAAGGAUGGGGACUUAAGCAGGACUGAAGAAACUCAUGUGGUGCUUCCAGAGGACAAGUUGUUCUUACACCAGCAGUAUGUGAUCAGGGUGAGAGGCAAGCUUAAAUCACUGUCCGAAGCCAUCUGGAGCGACUGGAGUGAAGAGUACAACUGGACGUCUGAAGUGGGCCAGAUACCCCACACAGACCCCACGCCAGGUGUCUCUGAGAUUCUGGGGCUGGAUUGGUCUUCGCUUGUCACUGGAUUCACGCUGACAGGAAUCACACUGGCUGCCAUAAUAAUGUGUGCCAUUCUCAUCAUGUGCAACAGAAGAACAUGUGUCCAGAAGAAUCAUUCCUUCUAUAUUCCUGAUCCCUCCAAAUUCUUCGGUAAUCUGAAUUCUCAUCAUGGAGGGAAUUUUACGUCUUGGCUGGGUCCGAUUCUAGCGCGUGAGAGCUUCAUCAAAGUGGACACAGAGUUCGUCAGUCCAGUCGAGGUCCUCAAGAAGCAGGACGGCUGCGAUUUCCGCAGCGCACGCAAAAACAGCGGCGUCCUGCAGGACCGAUGGGAAGGCACGACCAAAUCCUCCAACUUUUCAAACUCCACCUACUUCCUGUCCCAGAGCUCCAAGGGGCCCAGCGACACCCUGGAGCCCUGCUCGGCGCACUGCUCCUACGGGCCAGCAGGGGGCGUCAGCGGGCCAGAGACAGUUCUGCAGCGUGACGCUGACAUCACUCACGGCGCCGAAGAGAAGGACAGAGUGAGUGAGCUGGAGUUCUCCAUGAAGAUACUAGAGAAGCUCCGCCAGGACACGCAGAGUCCAGAUUCGGGUUUCGCCGGCGGGGCCGAAGACAGCAUGGAGGAGUCGGACCUCCCCAGUCCGCUGGCCUUAAAUCUGCCCCCUCACUUGCCCCGGGACCUGCCUGUGCCUCAUCCCAUCAUGCACCCGCUCUUGGGCUUUGAUCACAAGGCUGGUUUCCUGGUACCAAGCUGCCUGAUUCCUGGACUAAUGGAACUGGACCUUCAGAGCCCCUGCGAGAUGAUUGAGCCCUCUAGUGGGGAUUACAUGCCAGUGAAAAAUGUGCAGAAUUAACAUUUAAGGCCACACAGACUGUUGUGUUCACAUACAGAUAAUAUCCGUUUAGACUGAAGUGAUAAUGAAUGAUCAGGACUCACUGAGAUUGAGUUAUGGUUUAGCGUAUGAACAGAAACAUACGAUACGAGUGUUUGUUCUGCCAUCAUAUACUCAUCUUAUAUACUCAACAGAAGAUGUUUCUAGUGGAGUGUCUAAGCUGCUCUUGUCUAUUAUAGAUUCAUACGGACUAGUGCUAUGAUACUUGUACGGCGUUUGUUUCGCACUUUCAUUGUGUGUAAAAGAGCAGCGUGAGCAUUCUGCUAAACGUCUUUUGUCUUCCAAAUGAACGACAUGAUGGUCGGCCAUUUGGGUGUCGGACAUUUUGAAUUUUGUCAUAAAAUUCUGUUUUACGAACGCAUGAAUGUAUCAUUACGAAACUUUGUAUGAUUCUUCGAGACCAUGUUCUGAGAGGACCUGAAAAGCUUUGGGUUAGCGCCCUCUAGUGGUCAAGAGAUAUAAUGAAAUUUAUGAAAAUGCUUAUAACAUAUGAAAAAUUAAACAUAUUUUCAUUUAACUUACAUCAUUAGAUUUGUUGGCUUAUGCAGAGGCCUACGAGUCCUACGAUUUGCCAGUUAUUAAAAGAUUUUUGAUAGACCCAACUGAUGUUUUACACUGUGUCAACAAAUUUGACUGCGAGCAUGCCACAAUAGAUAUAUAUCUUUGCAAAGGUUUUGUUUAUUGACACGAAACUUGGUACAUGUCAUCACAGGCAUGACUUGAGGGUGCAUGAAGAGUUUCGUCAUAGCGCCACCUACUGCUUAGAAGUUAUAAACCAUGCUAUUAUAAGUGCUUUAACUGAUGUAAUUUAAACAGCUUUCUCCUUACCUGAUGAUCACAGAUAUCCACAAAUAUUUCCUUUUCUGCCCUUAUUCAGCUUGACCCUGUAAUUGCUGCUUGCAGUUAUAUUUGGAUCUGCUUCCGUUUGCUGUUGUGAGAGUCACACCUGAUUUCAAUACGUUUGUCGCACUCACUGUGUGAACGCAGCUCUGCGGAUGAAACCAGGUCAAGCUAAAUGUUCAGUUUACAAUGUAUAAACCUUUUAAAAACUAGCUGUUUCAGAUGAGAGGAUUUAUUAUAUUUUACACCCUGUAUGUUAUCGUAAUAUAUUAUUUUAAUUUAUAAGAUGUUCAGCAGCAGUGACAUUUAUGCUAAAAUUAGAUGGAAACACAAAAAUAGAAGUAAAACUUGUUAUCACUGUUAUUGUCAUUUUGUUUAUGAUGUUUGCCAUUUCAUCUAAUUUUUAAUUUACAUGUAUAUUUUGAAAAUAAUGCCUGCUGUUUGAAGGAAUGUACGAGAAGUCGUUUUCAGCGACUUCAGUUUGCUGCUAAUUAAUAUAUUAAAGCAUAUUUGUGCCCUGA